AUGAGACCGAAAGAGAAAGGAUUGUCAGAUGACGACAUUGAGAGGAUUGUUAACUUUGAUUGGGAUGCCUCUUCUGACGACGAAAGUGAUGACGAGAUGUAUGACAUUUCUGCAGUGCUAGAGAAGAAUUUGGAAGGGAUCGUGCAAAGAGGGGAAACUAUAGAGAUUGACCUUCUCGAAAAUAUGAUUGCAGAAGAAUGUGAGCCGAAAUCUUGUGUGGCUGAUAAUUGCUUUGAAAAAGUUGACCCCAAGACACUAAAGUGGGAAAAAAGGCCAUUUGCACCUUUGGAGACCAGUUGGGAAGAAAAUACUUUGAAGGUCGACGAUGUGAUGAUGCCAGUAGAAUAUUUCUGCACUUUUUUUAAUAGCCAAGUUUUUGAUUUGAUCACACAACAAACAGAUUUAUAUGCGCUGCAAGAACACGGCAUUGGGCUCAAAUGCACUGUUGAAGAUAUUAAACGCUAUAUUGGUAUUUUGUUGUACAUGGGUGUUUUAAAAUUGCCUCAACUCAAAAUGGCAUGGUCAAAAGAUUUAAAUCUUACCGCUAUAACAGAUUCAAUGCCGCGCGGAAAGUUUGAAAAAAUAAAACAAUGUUUACAUUUCAACGAUAACACUAAACAAUCCAAAAAAGGCGAUUUGAACUAUGACAAGUUGUACAAAAUACGUCCUUUACUAGACAGUCUCAAAGAAAAUUUUGGAAAGCUACCCCAGGAAGAACAUCAAAGCAUUGAUGAACAAAUCAUUGCGUUCAAAGGUCGAUCGUCAUUUAAACAAUACAACCCUGCUAAGCCUCAUAAGUGGGGUCUGAAAAUGUUUACGCGUGCUGGAACCUCUGGAUUAGUGUACGACUUUACGUUGUAUGUUGGUGAAGGUACCUGUCCUGCUUAUGGGUUGGGCCUAUCUUCGGAUAUAGUUUUAUAUUUGGCUAAAGGUCUUCCUAAGGACAAACAUUUUAAGCUUUAUUUCGAUAAUUGGUUUACGUCAGUAAGCCUUCUGAUCUCGUUGAAAGAAAUGGGCAUAUUUGCAACAGGAACUGUACGUAAAAACCGCAUAAGCAAUUGCCAACUACUUUCAGAUGCUGAGUUAAAAAAGCGUGGAAGGGAAUCUUUCGAUAUGAAAUGUGAAAUCAACAAUAAUAUUGCAUGCGUCAAGUGGUUUGACAAUAAGCCAGUUCAACUUAUAUCUUCGUGUGAAAGCAAUGAACCUGUUGGUAUAUGCAAACGUUGGAAUCCAAAGGAAAAAGCUUAUAUUGAUGUUGCAAGACCUGCGAUUGUUGCUUCUUACAAUAAGGGCGAUUUUUCGGUAGGCGUUAAUGCUAAUGAGAGUUCCAGCAGCAACUUAGAGAGUGCAGUGGGCAUUAAUAAUGACAGCUCCACCAGCAGCGCGGCAGUACAGGGCACACCCGUAGAUAUCCCAUCUGUGCCACCACAACAAACAUCAAAAAGAAAGCUAAAUGAUAACGAAUAUGAUAUUCGGCCGGUAACUCUUCGUUAG